AUGCAAAAAGCAGAGUCAAGUUCUCUUGCAUGCCAUAGCACCAAGAUGAACUCUCCACCAAAACUCACCCCGAAGAAAAGAGUUUUCAAGAACACCACACCGAGGAAGAACACCACACCAAGGAAGACUAAUACCCCGAAGAAGACUAGCACACCGAGGAAGACUCCUGAGAAAAAUGGAUCAGUUGUUGUUUCCCCAGGAUCUGCUCCAAAGAUCGAUCUGAGGUUGGAGGCAAAAUUGUCAGCGGAGGAAGAUAGGAGGGUGUAUGCAGGAAGGAGAAUACAUCCAUAUUUUACCUUGUGGAAGGAAAGGAACCAACGUGAAAAAGCUUUAAAUGAGGCUAAGAGGAAAGCGAAAGGAAUUCGUGCUGGUGUUCAUGUAUUCCAAAAUGUUCAGGAUGAUGUCUCACCCACUGACUGGAGUAACUGGACAUUCUUGGAUAAUAACACAGUUGCACAUCUUGGUACAGAAAGUUCAAAUUUGUCUGUUAUGGAUGGUUCGGUUGAAUCCUUAAAUUUUGAUAACAUGCCUAGUGCUUUGAGACUCUCAAGUACUUCAACCUCUGAGAAUAUCAUGUCUUGUCCAAGUCAACUUUCUAUACAGUCAGAUAAUAUGUUGGAAAUAUCACCACCAAACUCAGCUGUGUUAGAGCAAGAAGAAUGUCAUUUGAAGUCAGAAGAUGUCAAAGUGGACCUGGACUUGAAGGUGAAUGAAAAUACUUUUUCAGGACAUAAGGAUAUUUUUGAAAAGCCAGAUACUGAGCUAAGGAGUAAAUUUCUUCAAGAAAGUUUAUGGACGCAUAAGUACAAGCCAAGAAAAACCUCCGAGGUGUGUGGUAAGGAGCAGGUUCUGAAUUUCUUGCGUGACUGGUUGCAUCGAUGGCAUGAAAGAUCUUCUCAAUGUAGAAAAGGUUCCUCUGACAAGGGUAAAAGUAUCAAACAUCAUGAUGAUUAUGCUUCAAAAGAUAUUCAUGUGGGUUUAGAGAGUGUUCUUUUGAUCACAGGACCAAUUGGGAGUGGCAAGUCUGCAGCUGUCUAUGCUUGUGCCCAAGAGCAAGGGUUUAAGGUUUUAGAGUUCAAUGCAUCAAGUUGUCGAAACGGGAUUACUGUGGAGAAUAAGUUAGGAGAAUCUGAUCCGGGAAAAAUCACAAGUUCCUGCAAACCUAUAAGGUUGCUUCUAGCCAAGGAGAAUGAUGAGGAGAUUACUUUCAGUUCUGAUGAAGCCCACCAAACUUUAGCUCUAUUUGAGGAUGUGGACAUCCUUUUUCCUGAAGAUCGUGGAUGUAUCGCUACCAUACAACAGUUUGCUAGGAGAGGAAAAUGGCCUAUUAUAUUAACCAGCAAUAGACAUAAUGGUGGCCUACGAGGUAGUUUUGCAAGACAACAUGUUUCUUUCUCAUUGCCAUCGCAAGAUGAGUUACUUUGCCAUAUGUACAAGGUUUGCAUCACAGAAGAAGUCGACGUUAAUCCUCUUCUACUGAAAAAAUUCAUCCAGUCUUGUGGUGGAGAUAUUCGUAAAACCAUCAUGCAACUUCAGUUCUGGUUCCAGAGUAAACAGUAUAGCAAAGGUGUAUUACACAGCCCUUUUGUUGCAUGUCUGCAUGCUUUUGACUUGUAA